CAAAUUCGGACCAAAACCUUUGUUGCUUUUAUACAUUAAAACAUGUCCUACGACGAUAUUGAAAACGCGACGCCCGACAUCGUGAUCGGAGGUCAAGAACAAGAAGAAUAUGACGUCCAAUAUGAGCACGACGUAGAGUCUGAAGGUGAAGAAGAUGCAGGACACGCAAGUAAUGAUGUAGAUGGUGCCAAUGCUGGCUCUGAAAUCAAGGAAAAGAAGUCUGUAGCAUUUGCCUUGGAUGAAGAAGAUGACUUUGACGAAGAAGCCGCUCAAAGAGAAUUUGAAGAAGGUGGUGGAUUGCCAGAACAACCAGAACACCCAGAUUUCUCUCAGUUGACGCCACUCUCUGCUGACAUUAUCAAUAGACAAGCUACCAUUAACAUUGGUACCAUUGGUCAUGUUGCCCACGGUAAGUCCACCGUCGUUAGAGCCAUUUCCGGUGUCCAAACCGUCCGUUUCAAGGAUGAAUUGGAAAGAAAUAUUACCAUCAAGUUGGGUUAUGCCAAUGCUAAAAUUUAUAAGUGUGACGAUGAAUCUUGUCCAGAACCAGAUUGUUACCGUUCUUUUAAAUCCGACAAGGAAAUUAGACCAAAGUGUCAAAGACCAGGAUGUGAAGGUAGAUACAAGUUAGUUAGACAUGUUUCCUUUGUGGAUUGUCCAGGUCACGAUAUUUUGAUGAGUACUAUGUUGUCUGGUGCCGCAGUUAUGGAUGCCGCUUUGCUUCUUGUAGCUGGUAACGAAUCUUGUCCACAACCUCAAACUUCCGAACAUCUUGCUGCUAUUGAAAUCAUGAAGUUGAAGCACGUUAUUAUUCUUCAAAACAAAGUUGAUUUAAUGAGAGAAGAAUCUGCUUUAGAACAUGAAAAAUCCAUUGUUAAGUUUAUCAGAGGUACUAUUGCUGAUGGUGCCCCUAUUGUCCCAAUUUCUGCCCAAUUGAAGUAUAACAUUGAUGCAGUAAACCAAUUUAUUGUCAAGACUAUCCCAGUUCCACCUCGUGAUUUCAUGGCCACUCCACGUUUAAUUGUCAUUAGAUCGUUUGACGUUAAUAAGCCUGGUGCAGACAUCGACGAUUUGAAGGGAGGUGUUGCCGGUGGUUCUAUUUUGAACGGUGUGUUUAAGAUUGGUGAUGAAAUUGAAAUUAGACCUGGUAUCGUUACUAAGGAUGACAACGGAAAAAUUCAAUGUAAGCCAAUUUUCUCCAAUGUGGUAUCUCUUUUCGCUGAACACAAUGACUUGAAGUUCGCCGUUCCUGGUGGGUUGAUUGGUGUUGGUACCAAGGUGGAUCCUACUUUAUGUAGAGCUGAUAGAUUGGUUGGUCAAGUUGUGGGUGCCAAGGGUAACCUUCCUCUGAUUCUUACCGAUAUCGAAAUUAACUACUUCCUUUUGAGAAGAUUGUUAGGUGUUAAGACUGAUGGCCAAAAGCAAGGUGCUAAGGUGCGUAAGUUGGAAGUUGGUGAAGUGUUGAUGGUUAACAUUGGUUCCACCGCUACUGGUGCCAGAGUUAUUGCCGUGAAGGCCGAUAUGGCUCGUUUGCAAUUGACCUCUCCAGUUUGUACGGAAGUCAAUGAGAAGAUUGCCUUGUCCAGACGUAUUGAAAAGCAUUGGCGUUUGAUUGGGUGGGCCACCAUUAAAAAGGGUACCACUUUAGAACCCGUUGCAUAGACUGACCUUUCCCCCCUCUACAUUACACAUCCUCAUAACUGUUAGUUAUUGUAUUUAUAGCUCAUUGA